GCCCGUAGACAGGCACGUAUACAAACGUCAAGAUAAAUCCAAGCGGGAGAAAAAGUGGGAGGCCAAAUAUUGCGAAGGACGAUGCAAAUUUUGUGCUGGAAUUCCGCCACGACCGGCUGUCGUCGGCCAGUUUGGGAUGGCGCCACCGACAUGCAAGCAAUGGUUCCUGACCAACUUUGCGUCCAACAUGAGUGCGACGGGGAAAGGGUCGUGCUACCUGCGCAAGGCACUAGCAGUUGGAACGAUUGAUGCCCAGCGAGUGGCGUCCGAGGACUGCCAGGAGCCAACGUGCAUGGCCGUUUUGAAUGAGCUCUCGAUCGCCACGACAGAAGACUGCACCAUUCCAGAGGUCCAAUCGGGGAAUCCAUGGCUGUUCUCAAAGGUCAAGGAGUUGUGCGACGUUCCCGCGACAACGGGGCCUCGCGUCGCUACCAAAACCACCACGGCGAAGCCACAAGCGGUCCCGUCCCCCAAACCGGCAACAACACCGACCGUCGACCCCGACCUCAUGAAUCUUGUCGUGGAGGCAAAGCCAUCUUGGUUCAACACGAACAAAGCCAUCAUUAUCUGGGUCGGUGCUGGCGUUAUUGUGUGUCUUGUCGUGAUGGUCAUCGUGUUGUGGCGCCGGAAUCGGCAACAGCGACAGGUGCCGGUGGUGGCCGCGAGUGUUUUGACGCAACCACCUCCGUACGCGCCAGUGGCCGACCGCGACGCGACAUUGCAGCUCCAGCGCAGCAGCAGCACGACCUUUGCCACGCAAGUCGAUCCACGUUUUCGACCAAACCCGUUCCUCACAACGUCAGGAUUGGCACCGACAAACACAACCAGCAUGCUGUCUGCGACCGGACCACUGCCAUCGGUGAUCGGCAUCCCCGAGAGUUUGCUGGACAUGUGCGGCUUGGAAGUGCAUCGACUCGCAUCGAACGACCUACGGCUGACGCACGCCAUCGCUCAAGGCGGAUCCGGCGAGGUCUGGAUCGGCGACUACCUCGGGGAGCGUGUGGCCCUCAAGAAAUUGCUCACGACAAAGGCCAACUCGAUCCCCGACUUGCAAAAGUUCAUCUGGGAAAUCAAGCUCCACUCCAAGAUGGAGUCGCCGUAUGUGGUGCGGUUCGUCGGCGUCGCAUGGACGAAACCAGCCAACAUCACGCUUGUGACCGAGUUUAUGGACGGCGGCGACCUUCGCAGCAUCCUGCAAGCGAACGCUCUCAGCCGGACGUUGACAUGGCGCCACAAGAUGCAGUGCGCGCUCCACGUCGCUGAAGGGCUCGUGUACCUGCACACGAUGGACCCGGUGGUCAUCCACCGAGAUUUGAAGUCGCGCAAUGUGUUGUUGGAUGCGCGCUUGAACGCCAAGAUCACCGAUUUUGGCAUCGCACGAGAAGCGGAGGACGUCACAAUGACGGCUGGCAUCGGGACGUACCGAUGGAUGGCGCCAGAAGUGCUCCAAGACGGCCAUUACUCGGAACUGGCAGACUUGUUUAGCUUUGGCGUGAUCCUGUCCGAGUUGGACACGGAGUUGCUGCCAUAUUCGGACCUGCGCAACGCGUCCGGAAACCCGCUCACGGACACGACCAUCAUGGCCAAAGUCAUGGCUGGCCAGAUCCAGCCGACGUUUUCGGCGACCGUGCCAAGCUGGUUCUCGGCCUUGGCAAAGGAAUGCUUGGCUCGGAACCCGUCGGACCGGCCAAGUGCGAUGCAAGUCGCGUACCGCUUGCGCUUGCAGGUAGAUGCCGCGUAGGCUCGUCGGUUCGAGCCGCGCGCGUUGUCCCGUCGAAAUAAAAUGUUAUGAAGAAUCUGUUGUGAGUUUUCGCCA